AUUGGAGUUGUUAAGGAAUUGUUUCCAAAAGCAGAACAUAGAAAUUGUGUUAGACACAUAUAUCAAAAUUUUAGGCAUAAACAUAAAGGCAAGGGACUAAAGGAUCUAGUAUGGAAUGCAGCAAGAGCAAGUAAUGAGGUGAAAUUUAAGAUUUGUAUGGAACGACUCAAGCAAGAGGACAGAGAGGCUAUAAAAUGGUUCGAUCAUCCUGAAAGACCAUUUCAGACCUGGACUAGAGCAUUGUUCAAGACACAUAGUAGAUGUGACAGGCUAUUGAAUAACCUUUGUGAAAGUUUCAAUAGGUACAUACUUUAUGCAAGAGAUAAAUCAAUUAUAGCUCUAUUGGAAAUGAUAAAAAAUAAGCUUAUGAAAAGGUUGUAUAAGAAGAAGGAAUGGAUUAACAAGUACCAUGGUAUUAUCUGUCCAAAAAUUGAAAUUUUUUUGAAUCAAAUAAGACUUGAAGCAGCAUUGUUUAGAUCAAAUUUUUCUGGUGGACCAAGGGUGUCGGUUGAAGGUCCAGGAGGGCCAUUUAUUGUGGAUAUGCAAAAAAAGAGUUGUACGUGUAGUAGAUGGGAUUUAACAGGACUGCCUUGUCCGCAUGCUUUGGUUAGUAUUCAUGGAAAUAGUGAUAAAGUUGAAGACUUUGUGAAUGUAUACUACAAGGUUGAAACUUUCAAAAAUGUGUACUCAUAUUUCAUUAACCCAACCAACCCCGAAGAUCAUUGGCCAGAUGUAAUGAAUGGUGGUGAGGUUCUUCCUCCUAAGAUAGUAAAAAAGAACAUAGGGAGAAAGCCUAAAUUAAGACGAAAGGAAGUUGAAGAAUUAGAAAAACAGAAAAAAGCUGAAGCGCAAAGGCAAGCUGAAAGAAGGUCAGUGAAAAAGGAUGAAGAAUCGGCUCCAAAGAAAUUAUCGAAAAAAGGCUCUAUUCAUAUAAAGUGUUCGAUAUGCAAAAAAGAUGGACACAAUGCAAGAGGUCACUAUAAGUAUGUCAACAUUGUUGUGCCUGAAGCAAGACAACCUUUUGAAACUCAAGACCUAGUGUCUGAUUAUGUCUCGUUGGGAUACUCAAACCAAUUUAACCAUUAUAUGUGGGAUAAUUCUCAAUUGGAUGUCGAUUUAACAAAUCAAUCUAUCAUAACUCAGGAACCAAGGCAAUAAUCAACUGGUGUUGAAUGCGUUCAAGAUGAAGUUGUUCGAGUCACAGACAUUGUAAAUGUGAAUGAUUAAGGUGUUGAUUAUGUGCAAGGAUCUCAGUCUGCCAAGAUGAAGGUAUUGAUUGUGCACGAGGAGCUCGGUGUGCUCUA